AUGGGUAAAGAGAUGAAAGGUUAUUUUGUUGGCCCGAUGCCAGUUGAGGACUUUCUCCAGGAAUUCCUUCCUACUUGUCAAAUUCCCGAUUAUGAUCCCUCGUCCCUCACUUCCGCUGUUGGAGCAUUCAGCGAUAUGCUCUCUGUUAGAAAUGAGGAACAUGCCUAUAUACCUUUUAUUAACGCCAUUAAACCUUUCGCGCCUCAAUUGUCGUUUGUUGACACCCACAUAUUCAAUAUCAAGCCGGACAUCUGCGUGUAUCCUGAUGGAUGUGCACCUUCAUCGCGCAAUUGUGAUGUUUCUACAACAGAAAUUAUCGUCAAAUUCAAAUGGUCUUACUCCCAUGACACAUUUUGCAACCCUUCUGGGGUUGAUAGCGUCGUAUCCAAGACAAAUCGGGGUAUGGACACUCUGGGACAAAUAACUAGCUAUGCUGCAGCUCAGCUCGGCACCCAGUUCUGUACCCACGCAUUCUCUCUCCUGAUUGUACGUGAUCGCGCUCGCAUUAUCAGAUGGGAUAGGGAGGGAGCUAUCGUCACCAGCGCCAUCGACUACAAUAACGAGCCAUAUUUGGCUGACUUCUUUCAUCGUUACGCACGAGCAUCACCUGAAAUGCGUGGUGUUGACACUUCUGUAACACUUGCUGGCGACGAGGAGGCUGACCUCACAAGGUCACGGCUCAAUAUUCCCAGUACCACUCGUAUGUUCAAACUCGAUAUCCCUAGUGUUGAGGGCCCCGGCUCGCUUACAUUAAUCGUUCCUCAACCUCUUACAAGAUCUUACUCGCCUGUUGGCCGCUGGACCCGUGCGUGUCCAGCAUUCGACCUUAUCAACAAGAAGGUCGUAAUGUUCAAGGACUCUUGGCGGGUAUCAUUACCCGAUGUUUUAUUGGAAGGCGAGACCUAUAAAUUAUUGCAUUUGCACAAUGUUUACAAUAUCGCAAACUGCAUCACAUAUCAUGACGUACCCCCCUCUAUCGCUCAGCAAUCUACUCAAACUGCCAAGUUCGGAUGCACUAAUUCUCAUCAACUUAUUCUGGCUGUGCGUGAUGCACUGAUUGCUCAUAAGGAAGCAUUCGAACUUGCAAAGGUGCUACAUCGAGACCUCAGUGUCAGAAAUGUCGUCAUCUACAAAGGGCAGGGCUACCUCAUCGAUUGGGACUUGGCAAAGUUAAUCAAUAUUCAGGGUCCCCGGCAAACAACACACACGGGAACCUGGCAAUUCAUGUCUGUGUACCUCGUUGAACAUAAAUACGCGAUACACUCGGUCAAGGAUGAUCUUGAGUCGAGCUUUUAUGUCAUUCUGUGGAUGGCUCUUAUGUACAAGGAGAUGUACAUGGACAUCGUUCGCCAGACAUCACUCGCAACACAGGUCUUCGAAACCAAUCCCAGAUCAUCUUCAAAAGCGGAUUGGCUAGUCGGGAGAAGCAACCUUCCAAACAUCAUGUUUGUCGACUGCAAACUGCUCGAUGGUCUUAUACAUGCACUUGCCAAAUUCUUCUCACAUCGGUACACUCAGAUUACCGACCAUCAGCAAAUGAUAUUUGAUAAGUUCCGGCUUGCAUAUGAGAAUGCAAUGCAAGAAGUCCCUAUCACACAAGAUUUGCUGAUAGCUGCACAUGGGAUCAUGACUGACUCCCCUGUCUACAAGAAGGAGAUGGGUAUGAAGGUCCUGGACUCACACGACACUGUGAUAGACAUUUUCAACAAGCAGCUUGAUUUAUCCAGUUGGCCUGUCAAAGAUGCCGCCGUGCUGCAAAAACUCGAGCACGAGGAGAAGUACGAGCCAGGCUUGUUCACCAAGUCUCAGUCACUAUUAGGCUCGGGGGUAGAAAUCACCUUGUCUGGCAAGAGGCGUAGGCUAGAUAAUGCAGAUGCUGACGAGGGUGAUGGUGAUUGCAGCUCGCUAACUGGUCUGGGUGGUGCAUUGACAUCCCUUCCUUAA